AUGGCAGCGGAGGCUUCUCUUCCACCGCACCCUGCCGCAGAUCAUCUGGUAGAUGUCUACUUCCAGUACCACACGCCCCAUUUACCCGUCGUGGAGCGUUCAAGGGUGGAGGAGGCCAUGGAGAGCGCAUAUCAAGCCAAGAGUGGCCAACAGCUCCCGGACCGCGCCAUGGAAAGGGACGUUUUCAUAUCUUUUAUGGUUCUCGCCAUCGCCCUCUGCGAUGUUUCAAACCCAUCUGGAGGUCGACCAAGUCAGAGUGAGGGAUGCUUCAGGUCAGCCAUGAGUUGGUACGAAAAAGUCGUCGUGAGCUCGAAAAGUGAUGUCGAGACCCUCCGCACUAUCCUCCUUUUGGCUCAAUUUAUUGCAUUGUGUCCUUCUCGGGGGAGUCUAUGGCAUUUGAAUGGUAUCGCUUUACGCUUAUGCGUUGACAUAGGCUUGCAUUGGGAAACUGAAGAUCAUACCGCGAAUCUUGAUCCAGCCAUAUUAUACGACCGCCGGCGUCUAUGGUACUCCACAUACCAAUUUGACCGUAUUUUGUGCAUCACGCUCAGUCGCCCUUUUGGUAUCAUCGACGAAAGUAUACGUGUGCCACUUCCAAAUCCAUGGGCUGUCUCUCGAGGGACCUCUGGCACCAAAUCCAUCGAACUGGACAUCCAUAGCCAACGAGCUCAUAACCACCUGUUUACUUUAUCAAAACUUGAGUCUGAGAUAAAACAUGUGCAACAUAACCAAACUUGGGCUCCGAAAACAGCUUACCCCAGAGCAAACUAUGCGGCCUGGUUUCAGGAUAUCAAACCUCGUCUUGAGAGAUGCUCAGCAGUGCUGCUCAGUGGCCUGAUCCCGAGGACAGCGGGCUUAGUGACAUGA